AACACUGAAAAUGAAGAUCGUCUUCUUCAAUUUUUUCUUCUUUUUCUGCCUCCUCCAGCCUUGUAUCUGUGACGAUACGAUCACGAGAACACAGUCCAUGAGAGAUGGUGAUCUCAUAUUCUCUGAAGGGAAGACAUUUGCAUUUGGAUUCUUCAGCCUUGGAGUUUCAAAGCUCCGGUACGUAGGGAUUUGGUAUGCUCAAAUCUCUGAGCAGACUGUUGUAUGGGUUGCAAACAGAGACCGUCCUAUGAACGACACGUCUGGGGUGAUAAGGUUCAGCAGCAGAGGGAAUCUCUGCAUCUAUGCAUCAGUCAACACAAGAAAACCUCUCUGGUCGACUAAUGUUUCGGACAGUAUAGUGGAACCAACUCUAGUUGCGAGACUCUCUACUCUAGGGAACCUUGUUCUACUUGAUUCAGUUACAGAGAAAGGUUUCUGGGAGAGCUUUGAUCAUCCGACAGACUCUUCUCUUCCGUUUAUGAGGUUGGGUUUCACACGAAAAGACGGUUUGGAUCGCAUUCUGACGUCUUGGAAAUCUCCUGGUGACCCUGGUUCUGGAACUUUCACACUCCGGAUAAAUCGUACGGGAUUCCCGCAGCUUAUUCUGUACAAAGGUCUGAUCCCAUGGUGGCGUACGGGAUCCUGGACCGGGUUGAGAUGGAGCGGUGCUGUCUUCCAAAUCUUGUUUGUUAAUAAUCAGGACGAAGUAUCGAUGACUAACCGUGUGAUGGAUGCUUCAGUCAUAACAAGAAUGAUGGUGAACGAGACAGGAUACAUGCAACGUCUCACAUGGAGCGCAGGGGAGAAGAGAUGGAAUCUGUUCUGGUCAAUUCCUAAAGAGGAAUGCGACUAUUAUGCACACUGUGGCCUUAACGGUUACUGCCAUCCUGCAAGUUCAGAAGCGUGUACAUGCCUACCUGGUUUUGAGCCAAAGAGGCCCCGGGACUGGUUAUUGAGGGACUACACGGGCGGGUGUUCGAGGAACAACAAAACUUCACUGUGCCGUGAGAAAGAAGGGUUUGUGAAGUUAACGCACACGAAGAUUCCCGACACAUCAAUUGCAAGUGUGGAUUUGAACAUAACAUUGAAGGAGUGUGAACAGAGGUGUUUACUGAACUGCUCUUGCGUCGCUUACGCUAGCGCUUACCACGAGGGUGUGGGAGGAGAAAAAGGGUGCUUGACAUGGCACGGUGAUAUGUUGGAUACAAGGUCAUUCUUGGAUUCUGGACAAGAUCUCUAUAUACGUGUAGACAGGGAAGAGUUAGAGCGGUGGAACAAAACUGGCUCGUUAGGAAAGAGGAGAGUCAUUUUCAUUGUCAUCGGUUUGACUGCAGCCUUAAUGUUACUAGCCGUCAUUUCGUUGUGUUUCGUAAGGAAGAGGCGAAAGUCGAACAGGCAUAGAAGAUUUCCAACAACCUUACCUCCAGGUUCUUUCAAUAUUAGUGAUACACUCAGAUUCGAGGAGGAUCAGGGAAGAGAAUGGGAGUUACCUCUCUUUGAGCUUAACACCAUCGCUACAGCUACGAACAAUUUCGCUUUCCGUAACAAGCUUGGAGAAGGUGGUUUCGGACCCGUUUAUAAGGGCGUGUUAGAAAAUGGUAUGGAGAUAGCAGUGAAGAGGUUGUCAAAAAACUCAGGACAAGGAAUGGAAGAGUUCAAGAACGAGGUCAAGUUGAUAUCAAAGUUGCAACAUCGGAAUCUCGUGAGGAUGUUAGGGUGUUGCGUGGAGCUGGAAGAGAAGAUGUUGGUAUACGAAUAUUUGCCAAACAAGAGCCUAGACUAUUUCAUAUUCGAUGAAGAGCAGAGAGCGGAGUUGGCUUGGCCAAAACGGAUGGAGAUAAUAUGUGGGAUUGCUCGCGGAAUCUUGUAUCUUCAUCAAGAUUCAAGACUGAGGAUCAUCCACAGAGACCUCAAGGCCAGCAAUGUACUACUUGACAACGAAAUGAUCCCCAAGAUUGCGGAUUUUGGCAUGGCUAGAAUCUUUGGGGGCAACCAAAUCAGAGGAUGCACAAAUCGGGUCGUCGGAACAUAG